CUUCAUUCUCCAAAACCAUUUUCUGUGGCAUCAACCGGCCAUAUUUGAACAAACUUUUCGGGGAGGAAUUUCUUGAAAGGUCUAUUUGGAAUUUCAUCCUGCCUUUCUUCUUUCUGUCACGGGAAGCUGGCAGUAUCAAUUGCAUUCGUCCACUGAUUGCGACUCGCGUGUCUACCUUUUCGCAAUCUUGCCCACGAUUCUGGAUCGAAAGCAGGGAGGAAGGUAGCAGAGAGAAGGGUUUAUAAAGAGGAGGUAGCAUCUGGGCGCAUCGAUAUGAAACUUUCCGCACAUUCUGGCCAAGUGCCAGUUUACACUGUUUCCGGAGCGGAUACUGCUCGACCAUUGCCCGAAUGGCUGAUACGGAAAAGGAAGCGGUCCUUGAAGAACGAUCCCGAGUUUGCGAAUCGAAUUGAACUUUUGCAAGACUUUUCCUUCGAGGAGGCCUCGCAAUGCGUUCGCGUGUCGCCAGACGGAAACUGGCUCAUGUCCACAGGAACCUACAAGCCCGCAAUCCACGUCCACAACCUCAAUCAGCUUGCGCUGUCAUUCGAGCGACACACAAAUAACGAGAACGUCACAUUCCAAAUCCUCUCCUCCGACUUUACCAAAAGCUUGCACUUGCAAGGCGACAGAACAUUGGAUUUCCACACAGGUGGCGGUAUACAUUACUCGGUUCGUGUUCCCCGAUUUGGCCGAGAUUUGCUCUAUGAUGCGAACGCUGCCGAAGCUCUGGUACCAUCCGUUGGCGUGAAUGCUGAAGGAAGUGGCGAGGUGUUCCGUCUCAACCUUGAAGUGGGACGAUUCAUGAAAUCCUAUGAGGUAGAUGUGGGUGGGGACGAUAUGCUGUCAGUGGGAGCUGGAGCGCUGCAGGGUGGAAUCAAUGCAGGAAGUGUGAAUACUGGCUCGAUCGCAGAAGAGUCGCAUAAUCUACUGGCAUUUGGUACUUCGUUGGGUACCGUGGAGUUUUGGGACUCGAGAUCGCGGAACAGAGUUGGUAUUCUCUCGGUCCCGAGGGAUUCGAUAGAAGGACGCUCUGAGAUUACAGCACUUCAGUUCCACCGCUCUGGACUAGAAUUGGCUACCGGAAAUUCCAAUGGUAUCACUCAGAUAUUCGAUCUACGGUCACCAGUACCUCUACUCUCGAAGGAUCAGGGCUACGGAGAGGCGAUCAAGAGGUUGAUCUGGCUCGAAAGCGGCUCGUCCUCACGUGGUCAAAUCCAGGAACCCAGGAUUAUGAGUGCAGACAAGAAGAUCAUCAAGAUCUGGGACCCGAGAAAUGGUGAUGCAUGGACGUCCGUCGAACCGGCUGUGGACCUUAACCACGUUGAAUGGGUCAAGGAUAGCGGGAUGUUCCUCACUGCCAACGAGGGCAAACAGCAGCAUGCCUUCUUUAUUCCACAACUUGGACCUGCGCCAAAGUGGUGCGCAUUCAUGGAUAACUUUGUCGAAGAAAUGGCCGAGGAUCCAGACGAUCCUAAUGCGUUCGGAAAGGCCAGUGCCGGAGAUGUCUAUGACAAUUUCAAGUUCUUAACUCUACAACAACUUCGACAACUCAAUCUCGACCACCUCGUGGGCCAGACAAGCUUACUACGCCCAUACAUGCACGGAUUCUUCGUCGCACAGAAGUUGUAUGAGGAAGCAAGAUUGAUCUCCAACCCUGAUGUGUGGCAGGAGCAACGGGCGAAGAGUAUUCAAGAAAAGAUCACCAAAGAGCGUGAAAGCCGCAUUCGGGGUAACAAGAAGGCUACCGUCAAGGUCAAUCGGAAACUGGCCGAACGCAUCAUGGAGCGUGAAGAGAAGAAUGAACGUAGGAGGGCUAAGCGCGUCCUCGAGAAGGGCGGCGAUGACGAUAUGGUCGACGUCGAGAAAGCGCCUGCUGUUGGUGGCGACGACGAGCAAGACGAUGUCGCCGAACCCAAGCGUGCCGGUGGCGUUCUCAGCGAUCCACGUUUCGCGAGGUUGUUCCAAGACGAAGACUUCGAGGUGGACGAGGCGAGUCACGAGUUUCAGAUGGUCAAUCCCAGCACCAAGAUUCCAAAGGGUCUUACUGCUGUGGAAGACGAGGACGCAGAAUCUCGAAAGGGCAGUUCCGACGAGUCUUCCGAAGACGAGCAAGAUACCCAAUCCGCGCGCAAACAGGCUUCUGAUGACAAGAAUCGCAUUUCGUCCUCAUCCUACAAGAAAUCUGGACACAAUAAGACGAAGGGACCUCAAAUGGUGGUUUCGUCCUCGAACAAACGUCACGAUCAACGCAACCGCGACAAGUCUUUCGGUUCUCGAGUGUCCAAACUCAAAGACAGAGACGUGCCGACAAAGAGCAAGAACACUAUUGUCGUUGGCGAGAGGGAAAUCACGUUUGCACCCGAAAAGAAGGGCAGAAAACCAGCCGCGGACGCGGAGAGUUACAAUGGAGGUGGUGGGCAACGACAUGAUCGGAAAGACAGACGAAGCGCUAGUAACAACGUCUUCAGGAAAAUGUAAAUCCAGUAGCAAUACAGCACAGCAUUCUCUUGGAGGAGCGAUC